AACCCGAUCCGAACCUGACCCGACGACCCGAAUGCCCAGGCCUACAUUCAGUUUGGUUCCACCCUAGAAGAAAAAAAAGUUCCCAUCGGUUCUCUCUCCGUAUCGCUCACUCUGGCCGUCAAAAUCCGCCGGCGAAUCAACUCUCCGGGUCCUUGUCUCGUGAUAUGCCUGGGCGCGAUAGGAUCAGCGAGUUACCUGAAUGUUUGAUAACUAAAAUACUCUCCUACCUUCCAACUAAACACUCGGUGAAGACUAGCGUCUUAUCAACAAGAUGGAAGAAUCUCUGGCUAACUGUUCCAUCUCUUGACUUAAACCGAGCCGACUUCCGUUAUAGAGAAGAAGGCCAUGUGGUUAUUCUCAGAUUCCUUGACAGACUCCUCGAUUUUAACCCUGAUUCACGCCUUCUAAAAGUUAAGAUGAAGUGCUAUUGGGCAGAGAUAAAGGGACUCAAGGAUCGGAUCAGUACAGUGAUCCAACGCGGACCUCAACAUCUAGACGUCGAGAGCUCUGUUGAGUAUCUAUACCCUGGCACCUACACCUACUAUCCUUAUGUCGAAUUCAUGCCUCUGAAUUUGUACACGAGCAAGACAUUGGUUUCCUUGAAGCUCACCUGGUCCGGUGUUGAGGACCCUGGUUUUGUUUGUAUGCCUUGUCUUAAAUCCAUGACUCUUGUUAAAGUUCACUUUCGAGAAGACGUGACUCUGGAGAAACUCGUGUCGGGAUGUCCCGUUCUCGAAGAGCUGACCUUGGUUAGGGAUAUUGAUUCCAGUUUUGUGGGUGAGGUUGACGGUUUCAUGCGUGUGAGGUCUGGGAGCUUGAAGAGGUUUUGCGUUCCGCUCUGGUACGGAGAAAAUUUCAGUGUGUAUGUGAAAUGCAUUAGUCCGUCUGUGAAAUGCAGACUUGAGAUUGAUGCUCCGGUGCUAGAGCAUAUGAGUCUUGGAGAAGAUCAGUUUGAUAUCGUCGUGGUACAGAAGAAACUGACUUCUUUGUUCAUGUUGGACCUUGAUAUCAGUUUUGCUCUCGACUCUGGUGAGUUAUUUCUCUAUGGGAUAUCGAGUGUAGGACACAUGAUCAUCUCUGAGAAAACAGUCAAGGCCCUUGAGCUUUACUCGAGAGUAGGGUUGAUUCCUAAAUUCAAUAACUUAUCACGUUUAGAAGCAGUGUUCCCUGGCAAUUUACUACAGUUUCUGCCAGUCUUUCUUGAGUGUUGCCCAAAUCUGAAACACCUAAUCUUGGAGGUUGUUCAUUUAAGGGAGAUGGAGGAUGCAUUCGAACUCACAAGUGUGCCUCAGUGCUUCUUAUCGACUCUCGAGUGUGUUGAGCUAAAAAGAAUUCAUGACUGGGAGGAAGAGGAGAUGAAAGUAGCCACUUACUUUCUUGAGAACGCAGCUGUCCUGAAGAAACUCACUCUGACUCUCACAGCUUAUCCUCGUUAUGUCUCUGAUGAAGAAAUCUUCGAGGAGGUUAAUAAAGUUAAAAAACGUUCUCCAACAUGUCAAAUUCUUCGUGAUUGGGAGUUAUGUUGAUGCAAAUCAUGAAAUGAUUGAGCAGAGUAUCAUUGCAGGAGUCUGUUCUUGUCAUGAAAAUUUGCAGUUCUUUCUUAGUUCUGGUUGGAUUUACUUAAGCCAUGCUGGUUGUUACAAGUUCUUCAGUCACUUUAUGGAUUUUUCUUUUAAAUCUCAAUCUCAGAUGUCUUAUAAUGAACA